AUGUCCGUCACGCUCCAUACGACUCAAGGCGACCUGAAGGUUGAGCUAUUUUGUGAAGCAGUUCCCCAGACUGCUGAGAACUUCCUGGCACUUUGCGCAUGCGGCGCAUACAAUGAAACACCAUUUCACCGUCUCAUUCCCGGAUUCAUGAUUCAAGGCGGUGAUAUCUCUCUGGGCCCAGCUGCGAAGUCCUUGGACUCUACAAAACCGAUGCUCUCGCAUGAAAUACCGAAAGGCGGCACGUCUAUUUAUUAUCCCUCUGCAAUGAACCAAGAGAUCCAUAUCCCGGCUCUCCGACAUAACGCGCGUGGUAUUCUUUCAAUGGCAUCACGCCCAGUCAAGGACAGGACUGCUCCGGGCUCGCAGAAUGCAACUGGAGAUACAAUCAACGGAAGUCAAUUCUUCAUUACUUUUGCCCCAGCGCCGCACCUAGACGGUGCAAGUACUGUGUUCGGCAAGGUCUUGAAUUUGACCGCUCAGGAUGAAGGUGGCGAUGUUCUUGCGAAAUUGGAGAAAGCCAACAUCAAGGUUGACAAGAAGGGCAAGGUUUCUCAGCCCAAAGAGGGUGAUGCAUUCGAACCACUUCGCAUCGACCGUGUCACGAUCCAUGCAAACCCGUUCGCGAAGUGA